UAUAUAUAUAUACAAACACCAACUCCCCAUUGCCGGCACAAAGUCACCACUCAUUCUCUCUCCUCCUCUGCUCUGUUCUGUCCUAGUAAUCUGUUAUCCUUUUACGAACUUUUAUGCAGAAAAUGGGGAGCUUGGAAGUGGAGAAGGAAACAACUGGAUGGGCAGCAAGAGACCCUUCUGGGAUUCUCUCACCCUACACCUACACUCUCAGAAACACAGGCCCUGAAGAUGUUUAUGUCAGGGUGAUAUGCUGUGGGAUUUGCCAUACGGAUAUUCACCAAAUCAAAAAUGACCUUGGCAUGUCCAAUUACCCCAUGGUUCCAGGGCAUGAAGUAGUUGGUGAGGUGGUUGAGGUGGGAUCGGAGGUCACCAAAUUCAGGGUAGGAGAUUGCGUUGGAGUUGGCGUAAUAGUUGGAUGCUGCAAGACUUGUCGCCCAUGCAAAGCAGACAUAGAGCAGUACUGCAACAAGAAGAUUUGGUCUUACAAUGAUGUCUACACCGACGGCAGACCAACCCAAGGGGGUUUUGCUGGUGCCAUGGUUGUUCAUCAAAAGUUUGUUGUGAAAAUACCAGAUGGUAUGUCAGCAGAGCAAGCGGCACCCCUGCUGUGUGCUGGGGUGACAGUAUACAGUCCACUCAACCAUUUUGGCCUAAAGGAAAGUGGAUUAAGAGGAGCAAUACUUGGACUGGGAGGAGUGGGGCAUAUGGGAGUAAAAAUAGCAAAAGCCAUGGGGCAUCAUGUUACGGUCAUAAGCUCUUCCAAUAAAAAGAGAGAGGAGGCCAUCGAGCACCUUGGUGCGGAUGAGUAUGUGGUCAGCUCCGACAGCGCCCGGAUGCAAGAGUUUGCCGACUCGAUAGACUACAUCAUUGACACAAUCCCUGUGUUUCACCCUCUCGAGCCUUACCUGUCUUUGUUGAAGGUGGAUGGUAAAUUGAUUCUGAUGGGCGUCAUCAAUACUCCAUUGCAAUUUGUCAGCCCAAUGGUUAUGCUAGGAAGGAAAACGAUCACGGGAAGCUUUGUUGGUAGCAUAAAAGAGACGGAAGAAAUGCUUGAAUUUUGCAAGGAAAGGGAGCUAACAUCCACGAUUGAAGUUGUGAAGAUGGAUUACGUCAACGCGGCCCUGGAAAGGUUGGAGAAAAAUGAUGUUAGGUACAGAUUUGUGGUGGACGUUGCCGGCAGCAAGCUUGAGCAGUGAAAAUUGCACGCAAAUCCCCCAAAGCAAAACAACCAAGUUUAACUUGCUACUAUAUAUACAUCCCCUGCUCAAAAUCAAAUCAAUCCCUUUGUUGAGACUCAUAUUUGUGCUCCUUUUCCCUUUGAAUGCUUUGAUGUGUGGCUUCAUCAUCAUUAUUUGAAAGUUAAAAAUGGCCAUUUGUAUUUUGUUGCUAAAUAAAGACGAUCGAUGGAAUCACUUUGCUUCGAUUUGUUUAACUUUGAAUUUGAUGCCCGUAUAUAAAUACCGCUUGAUUUUGUUGUU